AUGCUCAACGACAUGAAAAUAGAAGACGGUCUGCGGACUGAUGCGGGCUUUCUGGACGUUUUGAUCGGUGGGAACUCUCUGCAGCAGGCUGUGUGUAAGGGAUGCACGCGGAUCAUCUCAGAUCGCUUCCUGAUGCGGGUCAACGAGGCGUCAUGGCAUGAGGAGUGUCUACAGUGCGCCGUGUGCCAGCAGCCGCUGACCGCCACCUGCUACCUCAGAGACACGAGGCUGUACUGCAAGGCCGACUACCAGCAGUUGUUUGGCACCAAGUGCAGUGGGUGUCUGGAAAAGAUUGCACCCACAGAGUUUGUGAUGCGAGCUCUGGAGAGUGUUUACCAUCUCAGAUGCUUCUGCUGCUGCGUGUGUGAGCGCCAGCUCUGCAAAGGAGACGAGUUUGUUCUCAAAGAAGGUCAGCUGCUGUGCAAGAGUGACCAUGAAAAAGAGAGGGACCUGCUCAGCACACUCAGUCCAGACAACUCGGAGUCAGAAAAGAGUGAUGAUGAGGUUCUGAAUUCAGGGAAAAGCCCUGCAGCAGGGAAAGGCAGCAAUUACAGCAAAGACACUCGGCGGCUCAAACGGCCACGCACCAUCCUCACCACCCAACAGAGGAGAGCCUUCAAGGCCUCCUUUGAAGUAUCCUCAAAACCCUGCAGAAAGGUGAGAGAGACCCUGGCUACAGAGACAGGACUCAGUGUACGUGUGGUCCAGGUCUGGUUCCAGAACCAGAGAGCAAAGAUGAAGAAGUUAGCCCGCAGACAACAGCAACAGCAAGAGCAACACAACAGCCAAAGACUAGGCAAAGAGAUGAUAUCAGGUUGCAUGGAGGGCCUGCUCAGUUCAUACUCAGGGCAUCUACCUCCAAACCAGCAGCAGCACCUGGUUACCAUGGAACAUAACAGCCACAACACUGACCCCUUCCAGCAGGGCCUCACCCCACCACAGAUGCCUGGUGACCACAUGAACCCCUAUGGCACUGACUCCAUCUUCCAUGACAAUGACAGUGACACAUCUCUGACAAGUGACUGCCUCAUGAACACUCCAGAUGUAAGUGCCCUGCAGGCUUGGACAGGGAACCCCAUUGACUGCCUGUACUCCAUGCACAGCUCCUAUUUUGCCUCCUCAGAUGCCCUCCUCACUGUUGGUGACACCCAACCCACUACGCUUCAUCCCAGGACAUGA